ACUCGAGUCAAAGUUGGGUGACCUGUAAUGUGAUUCGCCUAUAAAAGAGUGUCGAUUGCAGUUUAUUAAAGCCCAAAGCCCUCUAAUUUCUAUUCCCCUCCUUUUCCCCCUUGGAUUGUGCUUAUGGACAUUGCCAAUGCUCGUGUCGUCCAACAGGAAUCCAUAAACCCUAACAACUUUACCAGCUCACAAAAGAAGUACCAAAAUAAGUUACAUUCCUGAAAAUUACAACUGAAAAAAAUCCCCCUUCUUUUUGUAAGAGUUCAAUUAUUAUUUGGUGACUUUUUUAUUAUGUAUAGAUCCGGGGCGGUGAUGGCAUGGAAUGUAUUCAAAUUCUGUACGGCCUUGAGGGGAUUGGGUUCGAUCAUGAUAUUAUUAGUCCUCGGCGUCGUUGGGGUGACGUAUUACGCCGUCGUAAUCACUAAUCACGGCCCGGGGCUAGCUGCGGGCGGGCUUGAUUCGCUGGUCGCUUUUGUCGUCCUGAUCUUGUUCCACUGCCUGUUGGUGAUGCUACUAUGGAGUUAUUUUUCUGUGGUUUUUACGGACCCGGGUAGCGUGCUGCCAAAUUGGAGGACAACAUUAGACGAAGAAAGAGGGGACACUGACCCAUUGACCUCAGCGGAAUUUCCAGUGGAUUCAGAUUACGGAAGAAUUCGAUUUUGUAGAAAGUGCAACAACUUAAAACCACCUCGGUGCCAUCACUGUUCUGUUUGUGAAAGGUGCGUGCUCAAAAUGGACCAUCAUUGUGUGUGGGUUGUCAAUUGUGUUGGAGCUUUGAACUACAAGUAUUUCCUUCUCUUCCUGUUCUACACGUUCCUCGAGACUACUCUUGUGACUUUAUCAUUACUGCCACAUUUUAUUGGUUUCUUUAGUGAUGAAGAGAUUCCUGAGACUCAAAGGACUCCGGCAACUACUUUUCUUGCCUUUGUUUUGAACUUGGCAUUUGCUUUAAGUGUUAUGGGAUUUCUGAUAAUGCACAUUUCACUGGUGGCUGCAAAUACCACAACCAUUGAGGCUUAUGAGAAGAAGACUACUCCAAAGUGGCGUUAUGAUCUUGGAAGGAAAAGGAACUUUGAACAGGUGUUUGGGAUGGACAAGAUGUACUGGUUUAUUCCGGCAUACUCAGAAGAAGAUUUCCGGCGGAUACCUGCUCUUCAGGGCCUUGAAUAUCCUUCAAAGCCUGACUUGGAUGCCCAAGAAUUAUGAUGAUAAAUAUAUGCCAAUAUGGCUCCACCUGGGCAUCUUUUCUCUUCACAGACUCUGAGGCUUGGUCGAUUUAAUAAUUAUAACUAAUUUGGGACUGGAGCACUCCAUCUCCUGCCUCUCUGCUGUGUGCUCUGUUAAUGGCGUAUUUGGUAAGGUGGGCUGGACAAUUGUUGAGUGCUCAAAAAGGAAAAGAAACUAAGCAUUUGAUCAUUAUACUGUAGAAUCCCACCUAAUACUGUGUUGUACCAUACGUUCACUUGAAGAGAGCCAAGUGCUUCAUACAGAAAUUUCCGAGGAUUGUAGCUGAAUCUAGGAUUUACUUGCUAGCUGAUGAUUAGUUGUACUUGUAUGGAGUGCUGGCAUGGCAAUUUCUCGCUAGAUUUGUAUAAAUUAUUAAAUAUAGAUGAAUAUUGGUUAUUACACUCAAACAAAAGUGUACAGCAGUGAUUUUUUAUUUA